CACAUUUCUGCAUUUACACGUUGUACUGAUAUAAAUAUCAGACGGCACUGUGGCCACUAGUACGUGGUCCUUCACUUCACCUUCUUCUUCUCUCCAUCUUCCUUCUUUCGUCUUCCUCAUCCUCUCCCCCCUCCCCUUCUUUUAUUCGCGGAGGUAUCUUGCUACGUCGGCAAGGGAAAUAAUGUCGGCACAGAUCGCGCCGCCGGAGCAUGUCUGCUACGUGCACUGCAACUUCUGCAACACAAUUCUCGCGGUCAGUGUUCCAAGUAAUAGCAUGCUGAACAUCGUCACCGUCCGUUGCGGGCACUGCACUAGCCUGCUGUCGGUAAACUUGAGGGGAUUAAUCCAGUCGCCACCUGUGCAAGAUCAUUCCCAGGAGAAUUUCAAGGCCCACAAUAUCAGCUUUCGUGGAAAUUACCCGGACUAUGGCACAUCUUCUAAAUACCGGAUGCCAAUGAUGUUCUCAACAAAAAGUGACCAAGAGCAUAUGCUCCACAUGAGACCAGCUCCAGAGAAGAGGCAGCGGGUUCCUUCAGCGUAUAACCGAUUUAUUAAGGAGGAGAUACGAAGGAUAAAAACAAACAAUCCUGACAUAAGCCACAGAGAAGCCUUCAGCACCGCAGCAAAGAAUUGGGCGCAUUUCCCAAACAUUCAUUUCGGGCUAGGCUCCAAUGAGAGCAGCAAGAAGCUGGACGAGGCCAUCGCGGCACCUACCCCCCAGAAAGUUCAAGAGAAGUUUAACAAGGUUUACAAGUCCGAAGGCCAAAAUAAAAGCUUUCAAUCAUGGCAUAAAAUUACGCAAGUGUUUUGCUCCGGCCAAUGCCCAAUUUCGCGCCUCGUUACAGAAUUUGGAUAUGAUGAUGUGAGGCGGUGUGGAAAUGUUGUGGAAGACUCUUGAAUUGCGGUCGGUCCAAAGCUCCCAAGUAACAAGCCUGGUGAGGGAAACCAACAGCUUUCGUCGCCCAUGCCAAUUGUGUACCAUGUCAAUCCACCAAGUUUUGACAUCGUUGAAGCCAUGCCAAGAUUUUGUGUGAAGCCAGGGAGAUUGAGCCAAUUCCACACCAUAGUCCAUAUUCAGAUGGAGAAACGACAUUGAAAGAGCAAUAUCGCUGCCAUCUCUGGAGUUCUCUUGCACAUGGGCAAAGCCCACAAUUAGGUCAUCCAUACUUGGUGAGUUCAUCCGCCAUCCAAACUCGACUCUGAAUGAUGAUCCACGCGAAGAACCUACACUUAUGAGGACCCAAUUUUUUCUAAACAGUAGCCUCGAAACUAGUGGACGUGGCCUCGAUGAAUUGGACACGAUAAGCAGAGGUCCUAGAGUAAUGCCCGGAGGACAGCCCAUGAAAUGGUGUCGGCUUUGUUGGCUUGGAAUUGAACUUGGAACUUGACCCGCCAAAGUUUGAUGAAUUCAAGUAUGUGUUGUAAUGUGAGCCUGUUGUCCAA